UCCUUUCCUGUUUUCGACAUUACAUGGAUUACAAGUGUGUGAGAUAUGUAGGUUUAUGUCCUGGAAUUGUUUUGACAUGAAAUGUAUAUGGCAUAGAGUCCUAGGUUUUCACAUUGGUCCGACUACUACUACUGCUAAUACUAGGACUACUACUACUAAAACACUGCUACUACUUCACUACUAUGUCCCAAUUUUGGCACAGCCAAGCAUUGUCUGAGAUUGAUAUCAGUAUGUUUAAAUCCUGAAAUUGUUUUGAAAUGAAAUGUCUAUAGCAGGAGAGUCCUAGUUGGUCUGAUUUCUACCACUUUUACUAAUACCAUAUUAAUACUGCAACUACUACUAAUGCUACUACCACUACUGCUACUACUAAUACUACAACUGCCACUACUAUACCAUUGCAAACGCCACUGCUGCUGCUACUAUACUACUGCUGAUUUACUACCGCUACCUCUGCUGCCUCUGAGUCCUAGUUAUUCACGUUGGUCUGACCUCUGCUAGUUUUACUACUGCUAGUACUAUUGCAUCUGCUAAUAUACUACUGUUUUCUUCCUUAGGUGUCAGGUGACCUGGAUAUCUCGGAUGACUAUAGUGACAAUAGUGAUGAAGACUACAUCCCAGAUGCAGAUGAUGACUCUUCAGAUAGCUCUUAUAGCAAAGAGUUGAACGUUAUUAAUCCUGUGGGCCAUAAAAGAGCAAGAAUUGCAUCACACAAUCCAAAGGCCAAUAUAUCAGUAAGCUUGAGCUGUGCUUCUUCAGAACCCAUGGAUAGUUGUAGCCCACCAGAGAAAAGCUUACCUUCUGUCACACCAAUGCCAAAAGGGUCACCAACAAGAGCAAAGUAUGGAAGAUACAACAAAAAAGCAAUUCUGUCUUUACUGUAAGAAGCCUAAAUCGAAACAAGCAAGACACCUUGAGCAUGUCCAUUCCAGGGAGCCUGAUGUGGCAAAAGCAUUAAGCUUUGACAAAAAAUCGCAUGAAAGAAGGGUGCUUUUACGCAUUCCGACAAGUAGAGGAAACUUUUUACAUAAUGCAAAUGUGUCAAGCACAGGGACAGGAGAGAUGGUGGCACGACGGCGGCCCAUCAAAGCAAAAACAGCUGAUGAUUACAAGCACUGCAUUCAUUGUCAUGGCAUGUAUGCAAGAGAGACAUUGUGGAGACACAUGAGAUACUGUCCUUUGAAACCUGAAACUAAAGAACCACAAACUGGGAAAAAGAGGGUUCAGUCACUCCCUUAUUUGUCCCUACCACCACCGGAGGAUGUAAGUCAAGCUGUAUGGAAAAUUGCCUGUGAGAUGAAUAAUGAUGAGGUUGCAUCCGUAGUCAGAGGGGAAAGAUACAUUUUACUUCUUGGACAGCAGAUGUACAACAAAAGCACAACAACUUCUGGAAGAAAAGAAAACAUACGUCAAAAGAUGAGAGAAUUAGCCAGACUAGUCAUCACUGCGAGAUCUGUGACACCCUUUAAGAACUUACGAGACUUCAUCAUGCCUUGCAACUUCCGUUAUGUAAUAAAUGCAGUGAGAUCUGUGGCUGGAUACGAUGAGGAGAGCAACUUAUUCGGAAUUGGGUCAUUGGCAGUUAAACUUGGACAUAGCUUAAAGAAGAUUGCGAACAUCAUACAAUGCAGUGCACUCAUGGUAGGUAAUGCCGAGGUUGCAGAGUCUGCUCGCAACUUCUCAACAAUUUAUGAUAAACAAUGGAAUGAGUGCAUUUCAUCUGGGGCACUGAAUACUCUUGCUCAAGCUAAAUGGAACAAGCCUCAAGUCUUGCCUUUCACAGAAGACGUCAAGAAGCUCCACUCCUUCCUUGCCGCCAAACAGAAAAAUGCAAUGAGUGCCCUGCAGGUUGAGCCAAAUUCCAGGAACUUUGCCAUUCUUUCAAAAGUGACAUUGACCCAGGUCAUUCUGUUUAACAGGAGAAGGGAGGGUGAGGUUUCAAAAAUGAUGAUGAAAUUAUAUGUUUCUAGGGAUCAUACACAGAUGCAUAAAGACAUUGCUUUGGGACUCAGUGCCUAUGAAAAUAAGCUUUGUGACUACUUUCAAAGGGUGGAAAUACGUGGGAAAAGAGGGUGAAAGGUCCCCGUUCUGUUUGCCCCUCAUAUGGUUUCUGCCAUAGACAUCCUCAUUGAGGAAAGGGCAAAAUGUGGAGUACCCAUGGAAAAUGAGUACCUGUUUGCUCGUCCAGCUGCUGUUUUCGUGAGUAUGCAAGGGCCUGUGGUGCAGAAAACCCAGGUACCCUCUCUUCUACCAAACUACGCAAGCAAGUUGCCACCUUAUCUACCAUGCUCAAUAUGAAAGAAAAUGAAUUGGAUCAACUCGCCAGCUUUCUUGGGCACGACAUUCGAAUUCAUCGGGAGUUCUACCGUCUCCCAGAGAGCACUCUUCAAUUGGCCAAAGUCAGUAAAAUCCUCAUUGCCAUGGAAAAGGGAAGACUGCCAGAGCUGCAAGGGGAAGGACUAGAUGACAUAAUCAUAAACCCACAAGGUAAUUUUGGGGGGAAAUAUGCCUGAUUCUCAUUACUAGUUUACCUUACUUUAAAAUGAUACUAUACAUAAAGUCAUAUCAUGCCUAAAACUUUGUGUAAGUGUCACUUAACAAAGCGGCCUGUGCUUUGUCAAAUUAGAUGAGGUAGACAUGUCCAGUGGUGUUUCCAGCGAUGAGGAGGGGUUUUCUGGCCUACAUCAGACCCAGAACAAAAUGAAUCAAGGAUCCUCUUCAAUGCCACAUUCCAAGGAUGACAACCUGAUUGAUUCUUCCAGUGAUGAGAUGGAGUAUGCUGACCUGCGUGCGAUGCACAGUGAGAGGACUCAAGGUGUAGGGCGGAAACGUGAGUUGGGGAGCAAGUCUAGGUGUAAACCCCAAGAGCUGGUAUUCUGCCUAGUAAAUGUUGAGAGGCCCGGUCUUACAUAGUGUUACUUGAACUAUAGAGAUAAUAUAUUUUGGGCGUAAUCAUG